UCCAAAACACACAAAAUCAUACCACAGUUUCUCUCACAGAGUGUCCAUUGACACCUGAUCUGAGAUCACUUUAAAAGACAAGGAGAAAACAUAUGAUUCAUGAAAGAACAACUGCAAAAGUUUAAAGAAAAGAGGUUUGAGUGGACUUUAUGAGCUCUGUAUUGUUUUCUCUGAGGAAAAAAAGGACAACAUGCAAGCCUUCCUCCUCCUCUUCCUCUGCGAGAUCUUGCUGCUGAGACAGACCUCCGCAAGCACAAUGAUAGAGCAAAGACACAACAUGAGGGUGCGUAUCAGCACUGUUGGAGACACCAUUGUAUUCAAGUUCAUUCGGCCUCACGUGGACAGCAGACUGGAGGGAUAUAUCCUGGGCUAUGGCAGUAGCAUGCUCUCCAAACAAUUAAUUCAUCUGCCCGAGGAUGGACAACCCUUUGAGACUGAGAUAGAUGCUGAGCCCAAAUAUCUUAUUGCGGUACAAUCAAAGAAACCUGAGGAACCUAGGAAACAAUGCACAGGGAAAGUGGAUCUAGAUAAACCACUAAACGUUGUGAUCGGCUCGGUGACACAGUCGUCGGUGCUGCUGUCCUGGGGGACACUAACCACCUCAAUCAUGGAUUCCAUUCUGGAGGACUGUAUUGAUGAAGGACAGUUCACAGUGCGCUACAGAGAGAAAGAACCCAGCAAUACCUGGAACUACCAGACCUGUCCAUCCACCAGCACCGUCAUCGACAACCUCAAACCAGAUGCUCUGUAUGAGUUUGCGGUCCGACCAGACACUGACAAAAACAUUGGAGCCUGGAGCCCACCAGUCAUCCAUAACACAGCUGAUCAAAUAAUAGAGCCAUUUAAUGAACUGAUCAAGGCGAAGGUUAAAAAGCCAGUCUUAGCAGGCCAACCAUCAUUCUUGCCUCCUGUGCCAGUAUCAAACAACAUUACCCAGACAAGAGCAGCUCCUCUCCUCAAACACACUGGCCUUCCAAAGCCAUGGAAAACUACAGUUUCGUUUAGAGGGGCGGAAAAUCCAACAACAGCUCCUGAUGAUCAACCUGCCUUGAAUGAGGCCCUUAGUUCCACUCACACACCUAUCUUUCUGGCCAUGCCAAAAACCACAAGCACAGUUCGAACUCAAAAUCCCACUAGUCACCUUAGCACUACCCAAACAGAUCAACAUACUACUUUAACCCCACAUCAACCUACGACAACUCAGCCAGAACCUUCCACAACCAAACUACAAACCAGCACAACCCAACCACCACCCACUACAACCAAAACAUAUACCAUCAAAACACAGAUCCCAGUUAAAGUUCAACCAUAUACAGCCAAACAGCUACUGAAUACAGCCCAACAACAGUUUAGUGAAACAACACCUAGUUCAUCUACAACCAAACCACCACUUCACCAAACCCAACAACACACCACAAGCACUGUCCAGGAACAUCCCUACCCAGCUAAGAAACAAGACACCAUAACUCAAGAGAGUCUCCAUACAAGGAAAAUUCAGCCCAGUGCCAAGCUGCAUCGGUUGACCACAACCCAACGUUCACAAGGCACGUCCAAACACCGAACCACUCACACUUUCUCAAAAUCCACUCCCUAUUACCAGUCCAGAACAAUCACACAUUCUGAACAGCCAAACGACAAACCAACAACAGAACCGAAUUGGUCCACAAUUGUCCAUUCUCCAACAAACACAGCUUUGAAUUUACCCACAACUUUAACAAACAUGCAGAAUGGAUUAGAGUCACAGCAGACUACCGAUUUGAUCAGACAACCAGUAUUUAGCACUAAUCCAUCUAUCCCUGAAGAAUUGUCUGCAUCCCAUAUUUCCACAACUGAAGAUUUGCCUCUUAAACUUAACACUAAUCCAUCUAUCCCUGAAGAAUAUUCUGUAUCCCGUAUUACCACAACUGAAGAUUUGCCUCUUAAAUUUAGCACUAAUCCAUCUGUCCCUGAAGAAUAUUCUGCAUCCCAAAUUACCACAAUUGAAGAUUUGCCUCUUCCCAAAAACGUACAGGAUUUGACUCCACACCCUAUAUAUACUCUCACUUUUUGGCACCAGCCCCAACUCACCACCACAACACAACAUUCAACAACUACAAAACAGCAAGCUAGCACUGCCAAAUACAACCCCAAAACGUAUUCCCACGUUGAAAACCAACCACCUAACCCUAAAAAACAGUUGCCGGGUACCCAAAAAACCCCACCAAACCUGACACCUAAAACUGCUUUCAUCAAAUCCGAUGCUAUUCAAAACUCACCCGUGGCGGAGAAGGUAACAGUGAGGAUGAGUCAACCAGGUCCACCAGAGGCUAGUUCCCAGCCAAAGCCAAAGGAUGAACAGCUACUAUCACUGCCAACACUUACAAAUGAGGUGGCCAGUAGGAAUGAUGGCAGAGGUAUCUUCCGUAACCCUUCGGUGUCCCGCCCCUUGGCUCGAAAUGUUACACAGAGACUGAGGCCUCAUGGUCGUGUCCCUCUGAUUUCCCCUACAAAGACUUUCAGGCCACCCCCUGUGUAUCGUAACUCAACUCUCAACAGGAAAAGGGUGCCUCAUGGUGAGCGCCAUAUAGGCCUUUCGGCGGCCAAAACUCCGAAGGGUCCCAGAAAGCAACUUGUUAAGACAAAGCUAAACCAGGUUUCAGAGACUAAAGAAAAGGAAAAGAUUAUUGAUCUGAAGCAGAUGGACCCAGUCCCAGAUCUGAAACCUCUAGUUCCUCCCACUACUGCAAAAACAGACAAGCAAGAGACAACACCACAAUCUGCUUUUGAAGGCAGUCGUUUUCACACCAGCGACAACUCCUCUGUAUUCAGUCCUCAUCCCCUAUCUGAGGUGGAUGCAACGGGGAAGAAACGUUUUGUAGCGCCUCAUGUGAUCUACAGAACUGACAAACGCCCGGAGGAACCCUGCUCUCUCACGAAGUCUCUCAGCUUAUUUCCUGAUGAGGAGGUGGUAUACAUGAAUGUCACUGGCCCACCCAAGACCCCUCCAUCCAACCUUACUGUAGUCACAGUAGAGGGAUGCCCCUCUUUCAUCAUCCUUGACUGGGAGAAAACAGACAAUGAGACCACAGAAUAUGACGUAGUUUCCUCAACCAAGGGUCCACAUGGAGAAGAGGUGUCCAUCCAAACAACAAAUCAAACACAUACCGCUGUGGAGAACCUGAAACCAGAGAGCAGUUAUGAAUUCAAAGUUACACCCAAAAACGAGCUGGGUGCAGGCCCAACCAGUGAUCCAGUCAGGUUCAGUACUGAGUCAGCUGAUCCUCGCGUAAGUGAAAUCCCCACUGGUAAAAAUGCCAUCUGGUCAUCGUUUACGUUCAAAGCCGACUCAUACUCAGAGUGCAAUGGCCAGCAGUUCAUAAAGCGGACCUGGUACCGCAAGUUUGUGGGUAUCCAGUUGUGCAACUCUCUCAGAUACAAAAUCUACCUGAGCGACUCUCUUAAAGGGAAGUUCUACCACAUAGGAGAUCAAUCAGGGUAUGGGGAGGACCACUGCCAAUUUGUCGAUUCAUUCCUGGACGGACGAACAAGUGGUCCUCUUCCGCAAAACCAAUUACCACCCAGACAAGGCUUUUUCCGGGCCAUGCGUCAAGAGCCAGUCAAUUUUGGGGAGAUCGGAGGAAAUUCCAUGAUCAACUAUGUGGCCUGGUACGAGUGCGGGAUACCCAUUCCCGGGAAGUGGUAGGACCUCGAGGAGCAUAUGGAAGACAUGACGGAUAAGAAAAAGCAGUUCCAAUGGAAGAACCUUUUUUGAUUGCGUACAGACAGAGUAUGUAUCUCUGUUUUUUGGUUAUCGAGCACAUAUAGAAUUAUUUAUACUGAAAUCUCAAACAGUGCAGCAAAUGCACAGAGCUGAAUAAAUGUUACCAUUGAGAAUAUAGGGAAGCAGGCUCCCUUAAAGGCUAAAUAAAGGUGUAUAUUAUUUAUCAAAAUGUUGAAUAUGCCACCUAAACAAAGGCAAUAUUUUUAAAGCUCAUGUUCUAUUCUUCCAUACAAUUUUUGUUAUAGCUCAAUUAUUUAGUGGUGGGACUCAUUUGGGAUGAUGAACUGCUGCUUAGGAGUUGCCAAAGUAAUUUCUAAAGGUGGAUUUUCUCCCAGUAAACAGUCCUUUUUUGGAUCUUGCAAGUGUUGUGCAAAAGUUACCAGGUUUACUGGCUUUAUAUGGUCAUGGCAGGAGUUGAACAAUUGGACAUAUCUGUAGUGUUUCAGUUACACUGGUCCCAUGCGAAGUCUUUUGGGGUUGCUUUUAAAAUACUGUGUAUUUUAACAUUUAUCUGGGUGCAAUGCUUUGCCCCUAGACUUUCAUUCUAAGUGCUUUGACCAUUUUUUUUCCAUAUAGAGUUUUUUUCUGUUAUUUUUUUGUGAAACACGCUGUUAAUAACAUACUGAACCCAGAACAUUCCUUCAACAGCUCAAACUCGACAUUAAACAAGAAAUUUAAAGAGUAUAGGCCUUAUAAUCCAUGCAGCUUUUCCAUUAAUUGUUGUAAUUGUACUGUUUUUAAUGUCAGAAAUGCAAUAUCACUUUAACAAGGAAGUCUUUUGUUUUGUACAGAAGUUCAGUGACUGUAAAAAAGUUUUUACAUUUAAAUUUUGAUUUAUCUGCUUUACUAAUAAAAGCACAAGUAAUCUA